GGUCGGUUGGUCUCAGUCGAGUCGUUGCCUUCACCUGACGCAGACGUCCCCUCACCUGCGCCCUGUCUUCGCGCCGCUUCGCUCUAGUCAGCUGCUGCUCACCGCCCGCCUGCAGGAUGGCCCAUAAGCAGAUCUACUAUUCGGACAAGUACUUCGAUGAACACUACGAAUACCGACAUGUCAUGUUACCCAGAGAACUUUCCAAACAAGUACCCAAAACCCAUCUGAUGUCUGAAGAGGAGUGGAGGAGACUUGGUGUCCAACAGAGUCUAGGCUGGGUUCAUUACAUGAUUCAUGAACCAGAACCACACAUCCUUCUCUUUAGACGGCCUCUUCCAAAAGAUCAACAAAAAUGAAGCUUUAUCUGGGGAUCAUC